AUGGAUGUAAAAACAGUAGCGAUCAUAGGUGCAGGUGUCAGUGGUGUAUCUUCCGCCAUCCAUCUCAAGAAUGCCGGACUUGAAGUUACAGUCUUCGAACGAGGCGAUGUCGCUGGAGGCGUAUGGGUGUACAACAAUCGCACAGCACUCGAACCUUCAUACCCAUCAACCAUACCUCCAGUAGACCAGGACUCUUUCGACGCCAAAAAUAGCGUGGACAACAACGAUUUGAAAAUCCUCCACGCACCACCCGGUCCUUGUUACAUCGGUCUCCGCAACAAUGUCUCGACUCCGGAGAUGAAACUUCGUACCCAUGAUUGGCCACCUCAGACUCCGGACUUUGUGACCCAUGAUGUGCUUGCGACAUAUAUCCAAGACACCGCUGCUGCGAAUGAUGUUUUGUCAAACAUAUCGUUCCGGACUCGAGUGGAUAAAGCCGAGAAGAAAGGGAGUAAGUGGGAAGUGCAGAGUUCGAAACUAGUGGAUGGGGAGAUUGAAAGAGCCGUACAGCAAUUCGACGCCCUCAUCGUCGCAUCAGGCCAUUACCACGCACCCAACAUCCCAGACUACCCUAACCUACCAGCUUGGAAAUCCGCCUUUCCCUCCCGAAUCUCGCAUUCAAAAGUCUAUCGCUCAGCCACUCCGUUCGCAGGGAAAAACGUCCUUGUCAUCGGAGCAGGGGUUUCAAGCACAGAUAUCUGUCGCGAAUUAGGCAGUGUCGCCGCGAAAAUUUGGCAAUCGAGCAGAGGAGGCGAAUUCGAUUUGCUGCCGUCAAUGUUACCGGAAAACUGCACUCGCGUGGGUGGAAUCGCCAGCUUUUCCACCUUAACAUCUACCUCGCUUCUCCACAACACAGAUCCACUUCCCGGCUCAGUGAUCCUCUCUUCCGAUGAAAAACUCAAGGAUAUCCAUCACGUUAUUCUGGCAACAGGCUACCACAUGUCCUACCCAUUUCUCCCACACCUUCACGAUGACAAUGCAACUCCAGAACACGCCAGCGAGAAAAUCCUAGUGACAACAGGACAAAUAACACAUAACCUCCACAAAGACAUCUUCUACAUCCCGGACCCCAGCUUGGCUUUCAUAGGCGUACCCUACCACGUAGCGACCUUUUCCCUCUUCGAAUUCCAAGCCAUGUGUGUGGCCGCCAUAUUCUCUGGUUCCUCCUCCUUACCUGGACAGCAGGAGAUGAGAAAGGAAUAUGUUGAAAGGAUUGCUAAGAAAGGUGUGGGAAGGGCUUUUCACAGUCUAAAGGAUGAUGAGGGGGAGAUCAGGUAUGUGACGGAUAUGGUGGGGAUUGUGAAUCAAGGGAAGAAGGAGGGGGAGAAAGUGAAGGGCCAUUCGAAAGAGUGGUUUGAAGCUUAUGGGAGAAGGUUAAUUAGGAUGAAAGAGACGAGGGGGAGGAAGGUGGAGGUGGAGGUGAAAGAGAAAGUCGCAGGACCGGCGGAAGCAGUGCACAAUGAGAGGGUCAAGUAG